GCGUGCUCGAGCGUGACUGACCGCUCGGCAUUGUUGAUGGUGAAGUUGCGGUGGUUAUACUCCGAUCUCCGAUUCAUUCUGCGAUUUUCAUAGUUUCAUUAUGGUUUUUUUACCAGGAGCAGGACAUAAUCCAUGGACCUAAAAUUGCGGCGGUUCGUGAAACUAAUCGAAGUUCCUCUAGGAUUUCUCCACAGAAGGAGAAAUAAUGGACAAGUAUCCAGGAGGGAUACCGGGCGUACAACUUAAAAAUGAGUUUGUUUCAGAAGACCCUAUGAAAGAUGAAGGUGAACUCAGGGCAGAUCUGUGUCAAGAUGCCCUCAUUCACAACGGAUCCGAACUUAAUCAGCAUCAGCCGAUCACGCAUCUGCAAAAUGAAGAUGUCAAAUUAUUCGCCAGGAGUUGGUGCAACAUCGAUGAUCCAUUAGUGCAAAAGCCAUCACUCCUUCUGGAGAGACUUAAUGCCAAGUUCAUGGACACCCUAACGAGCCCUUUACCCGCUGAGCGCAAACACGUAACUUUGUCUUUGAUAAAAAGCAUAAAAGUAGAAGAGGGAGAGGACGAUAAAAAUCCACUUAGAGAACAUCCUAGUAAAAUCGCUGUCCUCCAUUUGAUUCCAAAAAGGGAAAUCGACAUCGAAUUUCCCAACGCGGCCAUGAAAAAGGAGCUACCAGAUUCAAAACCCGAAGUCAAGUUACACCAUGAGCUUAUUUUCGACAGCACUGGAGAAUACUUUGACAAUGGUCAUCAAGGAAUCAGCACACAGAGCUCAAACAGUUUGAAAAAUCCAAUUGUUGUCCUCGAAAAACUUGAUCCAGAGUUGGUUCGCAGCCAUUUGAAAGCAAUAGAAAAUUCUCCCAGUCCGAGCUAUUCAGUUCCACCGUUUGAGUUGAGAAUAGAGGAGACUUCAGAUUUGGAUCAUCUUUCUAUUCACGAUCAAAGCAUAGAAAAUCACGGAGCAAGCGAUAUGUCGAUGAACGAUCCAAAAUUGUCGCAAACGGAACGUCGAAAAUCGUCCAAUGGGAGGGUCAUAAGGAAUUUCGCUCCGACCAAGAAUGAAACACUGCUUCGUCACUUUCAUUUGAAGAAGCAUUUUUUGCAAGUGCACAGAGAACACCGUGCUUUCUCGUGUGCUCAUUGCUCAAGCAAAUUCAAACUGAAAAGUAGUUUGAAGGAGCAUGUAUUGCAAGUGCACAGUGAGCGUCGUCCUUUCUCAUGUGCUCAGUGCUCAAGCAAAUUCAAAGGGAAAAGUUCUUUGAAGAAUCAUUUUUUGCAAGUGCACAGUGAGCACCGUCCUUUCUCGUGUGCUGAUUGCUCAAGAAAAUUCAAAUUUAAAGGCGAUUUGAAGAAGCAUAUGUUGCAAGUGCACAGUGAGCAUCGUCCUUUCUCGUGUGCUCAGUGCUCAAGCAAAUUCAAAUUGAAAAAAUGUUUGAGGAAGCAUGUGUUGCAAGUGCACAGUGAGCAUCGUCCUUUCUCAUGUGCUCAGUGCUCAAGCAAAUUCAAAGGGAAAAGUUCUUUGAGAAAGCAUUUUUUGCAAGUGCACAGUGAGCACCGUCCUUUCUCGUGCGCUCAGUGCUCAAACAAAUUCAAAUUGAAAAGUAGUUUGAAGAAGCAUGCGUUGCAAGUGCACAGUGACCAUCGUCCUUUCUCGUGUACUCAGUGCUCAAGUAAAUUCCAAUUAAACAGCUAUUUGAAGCAGCAUGUGUUGCACGUGCACGGUGAGUAUCGUUUCUCGUGUACUCAGUGCUCAAGCAAAUCCAGAUUUAAAAGCCAUUUGAAGCAGCAUAUGUUGCAAGUGCACAGUGAGCAUCGUCCUUUCUCGUGUGCUCAGUGCUCGAGCAAAUUCAAAUUUAAAGGCGAUUUGAAGAAGCAUAUGUUGCAAGUGCACAGUGAGCACCGUCCUCUCUCGUGCGCUCAGUGCUCAAACAAAUUCAAAUUGAAAAGUAGUUUGAAGAGGCAUAUGUUGCAAGUGCACAGCGAGCACCUUCCUCUCUCGUGCGCUCAGUGCUCAAACAAAUUCAAAUUGAAAAGUAGUUUGAAGAGACAUAUGUUGCAAGUGCACAGCGAGCACCGUGCUUUCUCGUGUGCUCAUUGCUCAAGCAAAUUCAAAGGGAAAAUUUCUUUGAGGAAGCAUGUGUUGCAAGUGCACAGUGAGCAUCGUCCUUUCUCGUGUACUUAGUGCUCAAGUAAAUUCCAAUUAAACAGCUAUUUGAAGCAGCAUGUGUUGCACGUGCACGGUGAGCACCGUGCUUUCUCGUGUGCUCAUUGCUCAAGCAAAUUCAAAGGGAAAAGUUCUUUGAGGAAGCAUUUUUUGCAAGUGCACAGUGAGCACCGUCCUUUCUCGUGCGCUCAGUGCUCAAGCAAAUUCAAAAUGAAAAGUAGUUUGAAGAUUCAUUUUUUGCAAGUGCACAGUGAGCAUCAUCCUUUCUCGUGUACUCAGUGUUCAAGUAAAUUUAAAUUUAAAGGCGAUUUGAAGAAGCAUAUGUUGCAAGUGCACAGUGAGCAUCGUCCUUUCUCAUGUGCUCAGUGCACGAGCAAAUUCAGAUUGAAGAGCUGUUUGAAAAAGCAUAUCGACGGUGAAACUACCAAACCACGUAUCUCGUUUGCGGUGUCUAAAAAUCUACGCUCACAUUUUAUUUUUUUGAAGUAGACCAA